AUGAAUCAGGACUCAGAUGAUGGCCUCAACGAUCGUCAGAAAGCCAAACGAGCCAAGGUCCUGGAGGUCGACAACGAGGAAGCGCCUGUUUACCCUCAUCCCAGAGAAUACUUUGGACCCGCCAAUUACAAGAAGGGCGAGGCUAGGGUUGGGAAGAAAAUGAGUUACCCAUGUCUUUGGUGUCCUAUGAUAGUCCGUGUCGUCCCGGACUCUUUGGGCAACCUCAAGAUCCACCGCAAUGGAUACAACAAAGGUCGUAAUCGAUAUCCGUGUAAAAAUCGGCAAGAUGCUAUCGAUAGUGGGAUCAUUCUUCCUCCAACUUGUUUUGAACUCGAAGCAGCUGCUUCGAUCGAUCACCAAGCUCCUGACAAAGUGGACACCGAUCAUGACUCAGAAGGCGAGGAAAUGAUAGAUGGAGCUCCAGACUAUGAUGAAGACAUUGAAACUCAAGAGGACUGUGUCGAAAGAACAUGUGAAAAUGUUGUUGAAAACUCAGUUGGUAGUAAGUACCACACAAGUGCUUUGCGAAAACACGCAAAUCGAUUGAAUGGAUUGAUCAGCAAGGCCAAUUUCGUAUCACGUCGAGUCGCUCGGUCUGCAGCUUGGAGGCGACACUUUUCACGGAUAGCAAAAAGCAUGAACCUGAAGCUUUUGCCUUUGACCCCGGGUUACAACGCUACUCGUUGGAAUUCAGAAUUCGAUUCACUUAAUAGGUUGGUGCUGGCACGUGGUCAACAAGCUUUUAGCCGACGACCUCGAGCUUCUCAAGGGUAA